AUGCAACCUCAAGGAACACCAAGGGUCCCAAGGCAAGGGUGCAGCCCUGGUCACCACUGUUCUCGCAGCUCCAUUCUGGGCACCCAUACACCUGCCGGGGCCCACCUGGCCCUCAACCUGGAGGCCUUCGGGUGCCCGACCUUGGACAACGCCAGCGGCCUAUGGGAGCAGCUGCGGCAGUUCUGGGCCAACCGCUUCUCGCGGCGCUUCUCGCCGCGGCGCCCGCCACUGCGCCAUAUCUCCUCCAUGUCCACCUUCUACCUGCUGGACCACUGCACGCGCCACGCAGAGCUGGGCCUCAGCUACGGGGCGCCGCGCACGCGCCUCAGCGACGAGGCUUUCGUGUUCCGCGGCGGCCGCUGGACAGCUGAGGGCCCGCUGGGGCGGUCGAGGCCGCCCCUGCACCCGCCGACCAUCUCCGGCUGGAAGGCGCAGGUGCAGCGCUUCAACAGCCAGGUGCUGCUGGAGGAGAACAACUACCUGAAGCUGCAGCAGGAGGUGCUCAUGGACAUGCUGACUGAGACCACCGCGCGCAUGCACCUUCUGGAGAAAAAGCCGGAGGGUGAAGCCAGCUCGGCGGCCCCGGCGCGCGCCUGGCAGACAAAACAGCGCAGGCGCGAGGGCGUGGGCAGCGUCCUUACGCUCAAACCCCGGUGA